AGGGCUGCUGCCUUAUUUCCCGGGAGCAGCAGGGGAUGGCUCUGUGCUGUCUUGUCACUGUGAGCAAAGCAGCCUGGAGGAAAUGGUUGCCCGGGGCACAGAGGAGCAUCGUUCCCCCCAGGGCGGGGGGGCUCUGGGUCCCACUCUGGAGGAGCAGCAGCAGCAGCAGAGGUUUUGCAGGGAGACCCCCUGGCAUAACUCAGACUCCAACCUUUGGGUUCCUGUUUGAUAUUGAUGGAGUGCUGGUGCGUGGCCGCCAUGCCAUACCUGCUGCCCAGGAAGCCUUCCAGAAGCUGACAGACUCCAACGGUCAGCUCUGUGUGCCUGCCGUCUUUGUGACCAAUGCUGGGAAUUGCUUUCGGCAUGCCAAGGCCCAAGAACUGUCCAGUGCCCUGGGAUUGGAGAUAUCUCCAGAGCAGAUCAUCCUGUCCCACAGCCCCCUGCGACUCUUCCGUCAGUUCCAUGAGAAGUGCGUGCUGGUGUCUGGGCAGGGACCAGUUGAGGAGAAUGCCAGGAACCUGGGAUUCCAGAAUGUGAUCACCAUAGAGGCAUUGAGGAAAGCAUACCCCUUGCUGGACAUGGUAGAUCAAAGCCGUAGGCCAAAGGAGCUGCCUCCUACAACUACAGACUUCCCUACCAUAGAAGGGGUGGUUCUGUUUGGGGAGCCAGUCCGAUGGGAGACGAACUUGCAGCUGAUUAUUGAUGUCCUCCUGAGCAAUGGGAACCCUGGGGCAGAACUGAGUGCCGUGCCAUACCCCCAUAUACCUGUCCUUGCCUGUAACAUGGACCUCCUGUGGAUGGCAGAAGCCAAGAUGCCAAGGUUUGGCCAUGGCACAUUUCUUUUGUGCCUGGAGAACAUCUACAGGAAAGUGACUGGAAGGGAGCUGAAGUACGAAGCCCUGAUCGGCAAACCCAGCAUUGUCACCUACCACUAUGCUGAGUAUCUGAUCAAGCAGCAGGCAGAGAAGCAGGGGUGGGAGUCUCCCAUCCGCAGGCUCUAUGCUGUUGGGGAUAAUCCUAUGUCGGACAUCUAUGGUGCAAAUCUCUACAACAGCUACCUCAAAGCUGCACGCCAGACCCAGGCCCAAGCUGGCGUGCGGGGGAGCGUGGUGGCAGCAGGUCCUCAAAAGGACUUCAACCUUGGGAAUGAUAGUAAUGUCUUGAUGGAGAGCUGCAAGUCUAUUCUGGUCUGCACUGGGGUCUACCGUCAUCACAGAGACAUGCCUCCUGUUUCAAACAUGUGUGUGAGGGACACAGUGUUCCAUGGGCACCGGGACUUCUGCUUUGAUCCCAGCUUGGUGGAAGCCUCUUAUGUGGUGCAGGAUGUGAAUGAAGCAGUGAAACUUGCUUUGGAGAAGGAGAGCUGGAGUUAGGAGUGAAGCAGGCAUGGCAGAAAUCUGAUCAUCAGUUUAGCACCGGAGCAGAAGGGAAAGGGGAAGAAACUGGGAGAUCUUCUAGCAGAGCUCAAGAAAGUUUCCAGGUCCCUGUGGGCUUGACGUCAAACAUCCCCUUGUGUUGUCAAUUAUUUUGCAGUCCUAAUAGCUGCUAGCAGGGUUCCAAACCCUUGCAGAGCUAUAUUUAAACUGCUGUUGUUGUUGCAGUGGACUUGACCCUCACGUGGGCAGGGUCCAUCUAGCUGGACCGUCCCAGCCCCUGUGUCUGUGGAACUGUAGUUACCUGAACCCUCUUCCUUCUCUUCUAUGCAUCUAAGGUGAGGACUAGGCAACCCUCAUCCAUGCCACACAUUUUAUGGUGAAGUGCUUCCUCCCCUGUGCAGAAGAGCAUUGGCUAGUGCAUGAGACAUACCCUGCUCAGAGGCUUGAGUGGGUCUUUCAUGGUGCUUGGUACACACUGCCAGUCCUCUGCUCAGGGCAGAAUUUAGCCAUUUGUUACCACUGUCCUCAAAAUGUGCCUGUGGAUGUUAAGUAGCCUUCUUUGUCCAGAGACUUAACACAUGCAGCCUUUUAUCUGGAAAUAGCACAGAGGAUUUCAGUGGCCAUAUGCUGAGUCCCUCAUGGAGCUGCAAUGUUGUAUCAUGCCAUCCUCAGCUUCAUCCUGUGGCUGUCCAGCAACAGAAGCUGUAGCAGGUCUCCUCAUAGGAAAACCUGUAUAACCACAGUGACUUUGUGCAGUGCCAAGAACGGUGUUAUUCCUUCCUUUAAUUGUCUGAAAACGCCUUUUCAGCUGGCUGCCAGCCCCAAGGGCCAACAGCCUUGCUUUGUAGCACCACUGGAAGUAGCUUCAGCUUAUAAACUGAGAGACAAGGACAUUGCAUGUCUGCUGUAAUGUUAGGCUCUGAAAUGGUACCGAGGUUGAGCAAAGACACAGGAAUGGAUCUUCUGGCUAUCUGUCAGAGGGUCGGUGCCCUCCCUGCCCAAGCAGCACUGCUUCUAAAAUGGCAUCCUUAGGAACUGGGGUCACUACCUCUUCUUCCCCUGCUAUGCUGAGGAAUAGCAAUCGACUGAGAGGGCAAUCGAUUUCUGCUCUUUUCAUUUGGAAGGGUGAGGGUGGAGGCAGUGCAAGGACCAUAAAGCCAGAACACCAACCACGCUCAGGAACUGUAGACUGUCCUCAUCUUGGUUUCUGGGUCUUUUAACAAAAGAAGUCUUCCUCCUAA